UACGAAAGCAACCUAGCAACAAAGACUGCAAUUGAAGUAUCGAUCAGACAAGGCGAAACUGUCUACCAUGCAGCCUGGUGCAGCCAAAGUCCUUGAGCUUGACAAAUACCCUACUGCGCAGAAGCUUGUCAAGCGAUGCAGCGAAUUCUUCAAUGAGAUUGAGAACAUGACUCCUGGCAAAGAUCUUGAAGCUCGACUCAACCAGGACUAUGGUCCAGGCAAUCCAUACUAUGACGACUUCUGUUGUUACAUCAAGCAAGGCCUCAACGAAGGAUGGGUAGCAGAGACAGAACUUGACGGCCGCAAGUACCGCCGCGGCAAAAUCUCGAUCCCCACUGCAGACACUCGGUUCCUCAGCAUCACCACCGUUUACAUGGACUCACAGGAGGAGUAUAGCGGCCAAUACCACGCCCAUCCAUAUGGCGAGAUCAAUUGCGUGAUUCAGUUAGAUUCAAAUGCUGAGCUGAUGGGCAUGUCUGGAUGGCAGGGUGCUGGGUGGACGAGUCCAGGGCCCGGGACUCAUCAUUAUCCAACGGUGCGGAAGGGGGCGCUUGUUGCAUUGUUCUUCUUGCCGGCCGGUAGGAUAUCGUAUGAAGCGAAGCCAGAAGAUGCGCAGCCCGCGAGUGUCUAGGUAUCAGAGAGUCGGCUGCAAGGAUAAACAUCGAAAACGUGUAAAGCUAUACCUAAAGCUGUACCUCUAAAAUGUACAGGUAAUAUAUUUUUAUGUAAGGUAUAAUAUGGUUGACAAACAGCAAAGGCAGAAUAUAAACCCAUCAGUCGUUCAACACGAGUUAGUACAGU